AUGUGUGAUACCAGCAAGUAUUUCUGUCCACGUCUUCUGGACUACUUGGUGAUUGCAGGUUGCCGGAGUCCAAAUGGGAGCAAUCAUGUGUCCCAGACCCCAGAGCUCCUCAGGCGUUACCCUUUAGAGGACCAUCAAGAUUUCCCUCUUCCAAAUGAUGUGAUAUUCUUUUGUCAGCCCGAAGGGUGCAUCAGUGUGGGGCCAAAGAGUGUGACUCUAAGAGAAACCACAUCCUUUGUCUUCACCCUGACGGAGAAGGAUACAGGCUUGGUGCGCUACGGGAUAUGCAUCAACUUUUACAGACCUUUUGGUAAACGAGCUUACGCGUCUGAGAUAUGUCAGAAGGCAGAAAGGGCAAAUGCAAAUUUAGGCCAUUCCUUGGAAAACAUGAGUGCAUCAGAGCGCGACAGAGGUAAAUCGCCAAACAGGUCACGGAGAAAGACGUGGGUUCGAAACAAUACUUUGACUUCUCUGUGUGUCAUCAGUCACCAUCCGUUUUUCUCCACCUUCCGUGAGUGCCUGUUCAUCCUUCGACGUAUCAUAGAAGCUUGCCAUGAUCGCAGCUGCGUCAAAAGAGUAGGAGGGUCUAAGGUUACUGCAAGGGACUCUGUGUGGGGUGUGCUGACCGGCCAGAUAAGUGAUAACAUUUCCUCCCUGAUUAUGCACGAGGUCCGAGAAAUUGAGACCUGGAUACUUCGCUUGUUGAGUGCUCCAGUGCCUGUCCCAGGAAAAACUAGAGUGGAGGUGCAUGCAUUACCCUCAGAUCUACAGCUGCCCCUGUUGUUUGCUUUGCCUGACAGUACCAGGUUUGGUUUGGUGGACUUCCCGCUGCACCUGCCCUUGGAACUAUUGGGCGUGGACACCUGCCUCAAAGCCCUGACUGCCAUCAUGUUGGAGCAUAAGGUGAUUCUUCAGUCCAGGGACUACAACGCCUUGACUAUGUCGGUGAUGGCUUUUGUCUCCAUGCUGUACCCCUUGGAGUACAUGUUCCCACUGCUUCUGGCUCCAACACCUUACCUCAUUGGUGUGCCUGCCAGUUUCCUGGGCUACAAGAAAGACUUUCCAUUUCCAGACGAUAUCUGGCUGGUGGACCUAGACGGAAAUAAGAUUUUGUCACCGUCAAAUGCUGAACCUCUGCCACCACUUCCCGAACCGGAAGGGUCAGUACUGAAAACACACCUAAGACAGGCACUUGCCAGCAUGAGUAUGGCUCCUCAGCCAAUCAAGAACCUCGAUGCCCUAGCUCCGCCCACAGAAUUAUGGCCACGUAAGGAGAGCCUGCCUUCCAGCACCGGCUUCAAUCCGCUGAUCUAUGGUAACGAUGUGGAUUCUGUGGAUGUGGCCACUCGUGUGGCUAUGGUUCGGUUUUUUAACUCUCCAAACACCCUUGGAAAUUUCACGGAACAUACCAGAACGCUCCGCCUGUAUCCCCGGCCGGUGGUGGCGUUUCAGCUCUAUAGCUUCCUCAGGUCACGGCCAGAGAAGACUACUUUUACUGCCAAACUGGCAAGGACUCAGGCUGUGGAGUAUCUGUCAGAGUGGGCCCUGAGUCCGACCAAUCACGUCUUCCAGCGUAUACAGACGGGAGUCUACGACCCCAGCCUCAUCGGAGACAAGGCCAAGUGGUAUGCUCAUCAACUGCAGAGGGUGGAUUUCCAUGUCUAUGAUAAUAGUUCAUCUUUGGGUGCUGCCUUGACUUCGGUGUCCAAGGAUCAGAGUGACAACCCUCCAACGGAUGAGAGUGGCAGCGACAGUGACGGCGCAGACAGUAACAGCUCCUCAUACUCCUCUCUCAGCGAUUUCGUUUCGGAUCUUUUCAAUAGUGAUAUCCGAGGGGAGACUCCAUACUUCACCCCAGAGAUGCAGAUCCUAGCUGUGGAUGAGUCACAGGUCUACUCCCCACCCAGCAAGCUGCUGGUUCCUGAUGCUCCCAUCUCCAACAGUGACUCGGCCCUCUCCCUGCAAGAGGACAGUGACAUGACAUCGUCAGUGUCGUCUGAUUCUUCUUGUAAUCCAGAGGCAGGCAGUAACAACCAGGAGGUGGUGUUUCGCUAUGAUUCUGGGAAUGUGAUAGACAUGUCCAGAUCUAACACAAGUGGCCUUUCAGCUUCUCCAGCAGGUCUGACCUCUGCACCCUGUAGUCCUCAGGUACUGAGCCCAGCCACUCUCUCCCACUCCCCUAAGUCUCCAGCUUUUCGAUCUAGUUCUGUUUCCCCUGGCAGAGCCUCACCCAGUGGGAGAACAGCGCCACCUGUGAGUCCUGGGGCAAGGUCGCAGAGAGAAAGUGUCUCUAGUGAUUCGGGUACUUCUACUAGGAGAUAUAACAAGGAUGAAAGAUCGUCAGCUUCAUCUAAGAUCUUCACUCUCGGUGGGGAACUGGCAGAUCUGGCUCACAGUGCAACUAGUUCAGUCACCGAGCUGUUUGCUGGAGGCAACAAGCCUCAGUCUGCAACAAGUCAGGCAAGGACGACCUCAGCCAAACCAUUCAGUCCUCUAGGAAAUCGGAAAGCUCUGGUAGAGAAGUCGGGCCUGGCCAAGCAUGCAGCCAGCAAGAAACUGAAGGACACCCAAAAGCCUGCCCCCAUUGAACCAAAGUCCACGUCCAACAGCGAGAACCAGCAGUUCCUGAAGGAGGUGAUCAACAGUGUCCUAGAAGGCAGAGGUCUGGGCUGGAUGAAGGGCAACCGCAUCAACAAGCUGAUGGAGGAUGAGAACUACCGCAACUUUGUGGUCAGCAGGCUCAACCGCAACCUGGACAAGAAGGUUCCAGAAGAUGCAUCUCAUAUGGAGGAUGUCUGUGUCAGCAAGCCAGUGUUUAAAGGCAUGCUGUCACUGCUGAAGGCCAUCAUUCACGGUCUGGGGCACACAAUCAGCAACCACGGGCUCGGCGGCAUGGCUUCAGCUUACAUGGUCCUGGAGAUAGCUCACACACAUUGCUGGGCCAGGGAGUUGUCCGCCAACAAACCUGAGUCCAAGCUCAACCCAGAGAAACCCAACCUUCAUGGAAGCCAUGACAGUCUGGAACCACCUGGAUUUCGGAAGGGGGAUGAGAGCAGCAUAUCAUCAGAAUGGUGGCAUGACAAGCGAAGGUCUGACUCACAAUCGUCGAGUUCUAUCAAUUCUCCCCGCACACCAUGCACACCACAGCUCACAGGUAUCACCACCAACCUCACAUUCAACCCCAGCGACUCAUUCCCAUCAUUUCCUUCGACAGCUUCUGGUUCUCCAAUGACCUUCAGUGGCAGUGAGAUUGGAAAUGUAGAAAUAACAUCAGUCUCCGAUGACGGGGACAGUGGUCAUUCUGACAGAAGCCAGUCUGAUCCAGAUAAGCUGCAACAACCAGGUGCUUGUAGCGAUGGAAGUGCCCAUGAUGCUGCCACUGGAGGAAGUUCCUCGGCUGACUUGGAGACAGCAGCUUCGGGGACGGUGCAGAUCUUUCAAGCUCAGCAUAGCCAGGGAGUCUGUGACAUCACAGUGACGGACACGGUUCCGGAUAGCCGGAUCAACCAGGGACAAGGUGAUAUGCUGAGGGAUAUGGUCAGAAACAAGGAACUGAUCAAGACAGGAAGGAUGGACCGCAAGUUCAACAGCGAGGAUUCAGAGAUGUCAGAGGCCAGUACGCUGGUCAGUACUAAAUCUGAGAGACAGGACUUGGGCAAGAAACGGCAGAGGAUCAACCACCAGACCAUCAGAGCGGCUUUGUCGGACAGCGAGAUGGAGACCACUUGGCCGGCCAGUGGCCACAGCCGCCGUAGAGGCUCCAACAGCAUCUGGAACAGCAAGAGUACUUUCAGCACUGGCUACCGCUACCACGAAGGAAAACUAGUCCACACCGGCAUGGCAGGGUUAACCGCCGAGAGUGCCAAGAACAGGACCUACCUCUUCGAGGGCUUGGUGGGGAAAGACAGGUCCCGUAUCUGGGACAAUAUGCAGUUCUGGGAGGACAUGUUUUUGGAUGCUGUUGCCCAGGAGAGAGACAUCAUUGGGAUGGAUCAGAGUCCAUCGGAGAUGAUGGAAAGGUACACCUCGCUGACUGAUGUGGAGAAGAGGAGGCUGGAGCUUGAUGAGGACAAGCUGUUGGCUUUGAUGCUGUACAACCAGACAGCCUUCAUGCUGAUGAUGAGGGUGACCAAGGUGGAGAUCAAGAAGAAGAUCCGCCGUUUGCUGGGCAAGUCCCACGUUGGACUGCAGCAGAGCCAGGAGAUCAACAACUUGUUGGAUAAUAUCCAGCAUUUGUACGGCAAUGACAUUGAUCUAAAGCCGAUGUGCAGUCGGAGGAUACAGAGGUUGUCUUACACUGUCCACUGGGGGGUCAACAAUCAAGGCGAUAUGUUGUUUAUGGAGGUUUAUGAUGACUGCUUGCUGCUACGAAACGUUACCGGAGCCAUCCACGACCGCUGGUGGUUUGAGAAAAUUGUCAACAUCACCUACUGCCCCAAGACUCGCGUCUUGUGUUUGUGGAGAACGAGUGACGGCAAGGUCCAACUGAAUCAGUUCUACACCAAGAAGUGUCGAGAGUUGUACUUCUCUGUCAGGGAAGCCAUGGGCAAGGCCGCAAGCAGGAAGCCAGAACCGCGGCCUGGUCUCACUUCUCCAGUUGCUGAUCUUGGUGGUGAAUAUCCGGUGCAGUGUCUGAAGACCAAAGAGAGUGGGAUACUCAAAGUCUGCAUGGAGGGGAUUGGUUUGCUGCUACAGAAUAGCAAG